CAAGACCGUUGACGAGUUGUACGCUGAUCGGCAUCGCUGGUCUUGGGGUUGCUUGCGUGCCCUCAAAUUGCCCAGAACGCUUAAAGUAUCCUUGACUUUCCUGGAAGCGAUCACCCCGACCUACCUAACCAGCGACAUGGGAAGCGUCCGCGGGCUGUCCUCGUGUCAUAUGACUUGUCUUACCUGAAGGGCCUAUUUUCACAUUGUGUUUGAGAGGAUUGACUGUAGGAAGUGUUGUUAUUAGCAAGGAGUUUUGUGAAAAAAGCUGGAUUAUUGUACAAUAACAGCAUCAUUUUCCGUAUUAAGGAUUAGAAACUUCUUUUAACUUGCUCGCGCCCGUUCAUCGGAUCUGACCUAUGUAGACUGGCACACUUUGGUUACAACUAGAUGAGCGGACUAAGACUUCGAUCAAGAUGGAGGGCAAAUACAGGACGGAAUUCGACAACGACACGAACAGUAGCACUGUAGAGAUUGCAGGCACAAAUGCGAGCAUAAAUACUAUGACACCAAUUAUGGAAAGCCAAAACUCACGGAAACGAGGAUGGUUCAAGCGGCGGACUGGCCUAGAGCUGGGCUUGUUCGCCCUGUUUUUCUUGAUGUUUGUGGUAGCCGUAGCCCUCCUGAUUAUACUGGUAACUCAAGACAAAGGCGGACAAGCAGGUCCCUCAGGAAGCCCCCAGAAGAAUGGACAAGUGUGUUAUUCUGCUGAUUGUGUUGUUGCGUCUGCCCGUCUCAUGGAAGGGAUGAACCGGAAGGCAGACCCCUGUGAUGAUUUCUACGAGUACGCCUGCGGUAACUGGAUUAAGAAGAACAUCAUUCCCGAGGACCAGUACAGCAUCAACACGUUCAGCGUCUUGCGGGACGAGCUGCAGGUUCAGAUUAGGGGGCUCUUGGAGAAGCCCGUCAAGCCAUCCCAUCCCGCGUCGGUGGUCAAAUCGAAGCAUCUUUACACCUCGUGCGUAAAUGAAUCCUUGAUAGACGAACGAGACCUGACUCCAAUGUGGCCCUUGCUCAAUGAGCUGGGUGGCUGGCCAGUGUUGAACAAGACCUGGGACGACUCCAAGUUCGACUUGGUUCAGAUGUUGGUCAAGCUUCGUCUGUACAACAACAGGCUUCUGAUUAAUCAUUUGGUGUCACCAGAUGACAAACAGUCGGAUAAAUAUAUCAACCAGCUCGACCAGGCAUCGCUAGCUAUGCCAAAUAGGGACUAUUACCUGAAAGGUAAAAAUGACACGAUGUUACAAGCAUAUCAGACUUUGGCCACAGGAGUGGCCAUAGCUUUUGGAGCUGAGAAGGCGUUCGCCGAGCAGGAAAUAUCAAAGAUGAUCGACUUCGAAAUAGAAUUAGCAAAUAUCACGAUACCGGAAGACCAGCGACGCGAUUCGGAGGCUAAUUAUCACAAGAUGACUGUUCGCCAACUCUCACAAAAUGUCUCAGGGUUUGAUUGGUUGCUCUACCUCAAUAGCUUUUUCAAAGAGAUCAACGUGACGUUGACUGCAGAUGAUCUACUGGUCGUCCACGCCCCGGCCUAUCUGAAAAAUCUAGUAGAACUUGUUCAAAAGACAAAUAAAAGAACAUUAGCAACAUAUCUUGUAUGGAGAAUCACCCAGUACAGAGUUAGUAACUUACCGUUGAAGUACAGGGAACUAACAAACCAAUAUAACAAGGUUAUAUUCGGUUCAGGGGUUGAGCGGCCACGAUGGCGGACGUGCGUGUCCUACGUACAGGAUCGACUGGGAUGGUCAGUGGGGCGGCUGUUCGUUGAAGAAUAUUUUGACGACACGGCAAAAUCCCAUGCCGAAGAUAUGAUCCACAACAUCAGAAAAGCCUUCAAUGACUUUCUCACUGUCAACACCUGGAUGGAUAACGUCACGAAAAGGGCAGCCAAGGAGAAGGCGGACGCCAUUAGCGAGAAGAUUGGUUACCCAGAGUUCAUUCUGAACAAUACAGCACUGGAUGAGAAAUAUGAAGAGCUCACCUUCUACCCAAAUCUCUAUUUUGAAAAUGUCCUGGAGAAUUUAAAAGUUAGUGCCAUCAAAAAUCUGGAGCUGAUAAAGGAAGAUGUAGAUAAGACUAAGUGGUCGUCAUAUCCUGCUGUGGUGAACGCAUUUUACAGUUCAUCUAGGAACCAAAUCAUGUUCCCUGCAGGAAUACUGCAGCCCCCAUUCUUUAGUCCAACGAACCCAAAGAGUCUUAACUACGGAGGGAUAGGUAUGGUAAUAGGCCAUGAGAUUACACAUGGCUUCGAUGAUCAAGGGCGCCAGUUCGACAAAGAUGGCAACCUUAAGCAGUGGUGGGGGUCAAGUGUCGUAGACGCCUUUAAAAACAAAGCACAGUGUAUUAUAGACCAGUAUGGCAAUUAUACAGUAGCCGAGGUCAAUAUGAAUUUAAAUGGCGUUCAAACCCAAGGUGAAAAUAUAGCGGACAAUGGUGGAUUAAAGCAAGCCUAUAAGGCAUAUCGGGAGUGGGUGGUCUCCCAAGGCCACGAAGAGCCAAAAUUACCGGGAAUCAAUUUAGAAAAUAAUCAGUUAUUUUUCCUAAAUUUCGCUCAGGUCUGGUGUGGAUCACGACGGAAAGCAAGUUUUAUUAAUCGAAUACGAACGGGCCGGCACAGCCCGGGGAUGUUCAGAGUCAUCGGCUCCGUUUCUAAUUCGCAAGAGUUUGCCGAAGCCUACAAGUGCCCUGUCGGAUCCAAGAUGAACCCGAAUAACAAGUGCGCAGUUUGGUGAGCAAGUUAUUCGAUGGAUGGCUCUCGUUGCCUCACAAAGUGGCGGGACUCGAGUGGAUACUGGAACCGUGUUGCUAGUAGAGCUACGAAAAGGAAAAGUGUAAAAUGAAACAAUUCUUAUUUUUAUACUGAAUGGAAUUUGUGGAUAUUGUGUGUCGCCAAUGAAAUCUAACAAAAUAAUGUUUUGUUGGAAUUAUACUUUUAGCAUUGAAAUUGAUACGGGUAGCACUGGGACUGGCAAUUUAAUUCUAACGAUAUGAUUUUUAUGAAGCUAUUCAUGAAGCUGAACAGGGGUAUUAAAAAAACUGGAUCACUGGACUGCUCGAUUGUGACUCAUGGAUCACCACCGCCUGGAUUGCAGCUGGCACUUGCUUGCUGUAAUUUAGGUUUAUGCCUAUUGUGCAUGUUGCACUACUCAGCCUCAUGAUGUCAUCAUCACAUCUGUCUAAUCGACUGCCCCGAUUCAAGUACAUAAUAAUUCACGCAAACGGGAAACGUUAGCAAUUUGGGAAUUCGCCAAUCCAUCCAGGCAGUGGUGAUCCGUGAAUCACAAUCCUGUAAAUCCAAGAGUCCAGUGAUCCAGCUUCUUCGAAUACCCCCUAUUAAAACAGACUGUCCACGACAGCACUGAUGUCAAACAGUCAAAUUGUUCGACGCAUGGGGGUAUUGGCCAACAAUAUAAUGAUGGCAAAGCUUGAGUGAGCAAAAAGGGACACUGCAAGGGCAGCCCACAGGAGAUGUUUGUGCGCGGCGCUCCGCUUUUUUCGUCGAUGAUGUUGUUGUGUGGGUUGGUUUGAUAGUUUGGUAAACUGCUACAAAUGGCUGACAUAAAAAAGCGCCCUGCCCCCUAUCGUCAGCACCAGAAUUGUCAAACAUUUGGGAAAAUAGUCGAAGUCAGACCAAACAAUUAGUUGCAAGGGAUCAAGAUGAUGAUUGACCAUAUCAAAGGGGAGCGAUGAAAAUAUAUGUAAUACAUCCGACCUAUAUUGGCUUAUUUAUGUAGUACCGAUUGGCUUGGCGUUAUAUUUAGUACCAUUAAUCUUGUAGACGUUUUCAAUUUCAACGAGCGCUGCCCGCGCUCUUGUUUCAAGCAUGGCGUCACAUUAUAUUAUAUGAUGUCGGGAACUUACUCGUUCUGACGUUUCGUGACGUCACUCAGAGUUUUGCAAGCCUUCCGAAAGCAACAAACGUCAAAUACGAAUUAUGGAAAUGUACUUUAUUCACGAUUUUUUAAAAGAUGUUCCUGAUUCCUCCUACAAACACGUGCACAGGAUAAUAUACGAGUGUCGCAUGACUUGGAACAGGACUUCAUGACACCACAGACACUAGCACUUCGCAAGUUGUCGAAACUCGCCUUUUGCGAAACCUGCCUAUUGUGAGAAAUACGUUGGACAAACAGAUAAUAGAUAACCAAGCUAACAUAGCAGGAGUUUGACUAAUCACCAGAGGGAAAAGCCUGAUUCUUUUAGCUUCAUUAUCUAUUUUAAAAAAACUUCAUCAGCCAAAAAGUACGUUUUCUACCCGAGUAUUGACUUGGCACGUAAUUCGUGGCCUACAUAAUGAAAGAAUAGUAUAGAUGACGUCGCCGUUUGCCUGAUUAUAACAUUCCUGAUCUAAAAAAUACAUGUAGGAUAUUGUGCUAAAAACGAUCAUAGAUUUGGAUUUUGAUGUACUUACGCUUAAUAUAUCGACAUUUUGAUACAUUGAAGUAUUCUAUUGUUGUGUGUUGUCUUGUAAAUGUAAACUUAUGUAAAUAGAUAUGUAUGUUGUUGUACAAUGCAGUCUAAUAAUCAUAAUGGUAGGACCUAGAAGAAAAGGGGGUGGGGCAAACGCAUUGGCCAUUUUGAUGUUGUACUGGUCGGUCAGCUAUAGGCCUACAUUCUAGAUAAGGGUUGACCACCGGCACAACCAUUUUGGCUACACCUGGAAAUCCUAAAUCAGAACAGAACAGAACUCCUUGAGGUCUCUCAUAUACCCUCUAAAUUUCACUUUGACACUAGUAACCAAGAGCGUGUAAGUAGUUCUUCAUACCCUAAUUAUAUCUGUUGACAUAUAAUUAUUUACUUUCUUGUAGUAAGAGUAUAAGCUAGUUUUUAGCUCAUCUGAUUUUGGGAGAAAAUGUUGAAGCUAAUUUUGUAAGAUGUCUGACCUAAUUACCUUAGGCGUUAUUCUUACAUUUCAAGGAAUAAAGACUGCCGAUAAGUUGCGCGGGGGAGCAUGCAUAUUUCAAAUAUAUUGUGAAAUUUUGAUUUAUUUGUAAAUUAUGUAAAUAGGUAUUUUGAAAACGGUGUAAAAUAUGUUUAUUCGAAGGGAACAUUGCUACCUUAUCAAAAUAUCAAUUUCAUGUGUACUCAUCGUGAUUACGUAACAUUAAAAGUAGGUGUAUUGAAUCCCA